AUGGCUGAUCAUCAGGCUCGCCAGAGUGGAAGCAGCCAACGAACAGUGAUACCAGACCCUCAACUAGCCAAGGAAAAAUCGAAUCUCACCAACUACCUAAGAGUCUUUGCUUAUGCGACAAGAUGGGACUUUUGCGUGUAUGUCGUUGGCGCACUGGCGUCCAUCGGAGUUGGCGUGACGAUGCCCUUGAUGAACGUCGUCCUGGGACAACUCGUCGGCGAUUUUAGCGAUACGGUCCAAGAUCCGUAUAACAUGGAUUUGAACAAUUUCAAGUCAAUGCUGCAAAAACAGUCUCUGUACAUCGUUGGACUCUUCUUGGGCCGUUGGCUCUUAAACUCGAUCAACAAAUUCUGCUUCAGGAUGAUUGGAAUUCGUCUAUCAUCAGCCAUUCGCCACCACUAUCUACGGUCUCUAUUUGCUCAGUCUAUUCAUGUAAUCGACUCGAUGCCGCCGGGUGCUGCUGCAACUGCUAUCACUGCAACAUCUAAUACUCUUCAGAUCGGAGUUUCAGAACGUCUGGGAACUUUCGUGACAUACGUGUCCACCAUCAUUGCUGCCAUAGCUGUCGCGUUUACUAGGAGCUGGAGCUUGACGAUUGUUUCCGCAUCAUUGCUUGUGUAUAUCGCCAUCAUCAUCGCCAUCGUGGUGCCCAUAUAUCUCAAGGCAAAUGCUGCUACACUCAAAGCAGAUGCACAAGGAACGGCCGUCGCAAGUGAAGCUCUGCAAGGGAUUCGGCUAGUCAAUGCGUGUGGUGCUCACGAGCGCAUCAUUUCUAAGUACAGUAAAUGGGUUACCAAGGCUAUGGAGCGAUCGCAAAGGGUUGCCCCUAUCAUCGGUGCUCAGACAGGCUUAGUAUUCUUUGGCAUAUUCGGUGUCUUCGGUCUUGCUUUCUGGUAUGGUACACAACAGUUCAUCCAUGGCGUUAUAAAGAACGUGGGAGUAGUCAUUAUUGUGUUGACUUCGGUCAUGUUGAUACUAUUUGCGUUCUCAUACCUCGAACAGCCAAUUAUGGCCAUAAGCCAAGCUAUGGUUGCUGCUACUGAGCUAUUCAAAGUAAUCGACGCGCCUUUGCCGCCGAUGGGCUCUUUCACACCUGACAUCAAUUCGAAAGAUCUGAUAUUCAAGGAUGUAACAUUUGAAUAUCCAAGUCGGCCCGGGGCUCGAGUCCUGGACGGCCUUUCAUUCCGCAUUCAAGCGGGUCAGAAUACCGCACUUGUUGGUCCAUCUGGGUCUGGAAAGAGUACGAUUGUUGGCUUGCUGGAGAGAUGGUACUCUUUGAAGCAUUCCCCAGUCCUUCCUGAAGCGGCCACACCACGUUCCUCCAAGGAAGGUGAACGUGACAAUCACGACGAGAGGAAAUACGAGCGAAGCACAUAUGAAGUACCCAUAAUGGUGCCGACUAACUUGACUGGUGCUUUGUCUGGAUCUAUCAGUAUUGGUGCUCACGACUUGGAUGACCUCGAAGGAAAAUGGUGGAGGGCACAGAUCGGUUUAGUUCAACAAGAACCUUUUCUAUUUAACAGCUCUAUCUUUGAGAAUGUGGCGAAUGGUCUUCUAGGUACUGUAUGGGAAAAUGAGUCAGAGGCUAAGAAAAGGAAAAUGGUUCAAGAUGCGUGCCAAGAAGCAUAUGCUCAUGAGUUCAUCUGCCGCCUACCAGAUGCAUACGACACACGUGUAGGGGACGGCGGUGCAAAACUAUCUGGUGGUCAGAAACAGCGAAUCGCUAUUGCGCGCAGCAUCGUCAAAAGGCCUCAGAUUAUGAUUCUCGAUGAAGCCACCUCUGCAAUUGAUGCAAAAAGCGAGAAAAUCGUUCAAGCUGCCCUUGAUCGAGCUAUCAAAACCCGUACAACUAUUACUAUUGCCCAUCGACUUUCCACCAUACAAAAAGCGGACCAUAUUGUUGUGCUCAGCAAGGGACGCGUCGUCGAGGAGGGCACACACAAGAGUCUCAUGGAGCACGAAAAUGGAGUGUACUACAGUUUGGUCGAGGCCCAAUCACUUCGACUGUCAACCACAGAUGACACGGAUUCUGACCUCCCAGCCACGACAUAUGUCGCAGAGCUGAAGAGUGCUGCCGUCGACAUCGAACAACCAUUGGAGGUUCAAAAUGACGAGGAUAAUGGCCCCGUUGUUGAACCUGAGGUGCUACGGACACUAACUCAGUCUUUUGUAAAGCUGCUUGAGGGUCUGCGCGACCAGUCGUCCUCUUUUCUACUCAUAACGAUCGCAUCCAUGGGUGUCGGUGCAGCCACCCCUCUCCAAGCUUGGCUGUUCGCCAAGGCCGUUAUUGUCUUCAUCUCGCCAAGUGAUGAUUUGAAGAAAGAGGGCGACUUCUGGGGAUUUAUGUGGCUCGCGUUAGCAGGAGGUGUUGGCGUUGCCUACUUCUUCCAAUGUUGGAUUAGCCUGCGUCUUCAAUAUCAUGUUGGCGCGACAACAAAGCAAAGCUAUCUCCGCGACAUGUUAUAUCAAGAACUAAGCUUCUUCGACGAUGACAGUCGAUCUUCAGGCACUUUGAUCGGGCGCAUCGCGGGUGAUCCCAAACAAGUGGAAGGGGUCUUUGGGUUGAACUUGGCCUCCGCAACCAGCAGCGUUUUCACCAUCGUCGGCUGUCUCAUCAUCUCGCUCACAUUUGGCUGGAAGCUUGGUCUUGUAGGACUGUGUGUUACAGUCCCUAUAAUGAUGGUAUCAGGGUUUUGGAAGUUCCGUCAUGAGCUCCAAUUCGAUCAGAUGAAUGCGGCUGUAUUCGCAGAGAGUUCGCAAUUUGCUUCAGAGGCCAUCGGUGCAAUGCGAACGGUAUCAUCACUGACAAUGGAAUCUGCUAUCAACAACCGGUACAAGCAAUUAUUAGACGGUCAUGUCGAAGCAGCGCGGCGAAAAGCCCAAUGGACUGCUGUCAUCUUCGGUUUUGCUGAGAGCGCCACGCUUGGAUGUCAAGCACUUAUCCUCUGGUAUGGAGGUAGACUCAUCUCCAGUGGCGAAUACAGCCUUGAGGCUUUCAUGGUCUCUUACAUGGCCAUCAUCAACGGCGUGGAAUACGCUGGCCAAAUUCUAGGCGUAGCCCCGAGCGCCGCACAAGCCGCUGCUGCUGCAAACCGCAUCCUUGAUGUUCAAGACUCUAAUCGGUCCUCGCAAGAAGCAGAAAAGAGUGGCCCCACGGUAGAGGAUACGGAUGGUGGAGUGGAAAUUGAACUCUGCAAUGUUUCCUUCAAGUAUCCUACUCGAAAUGUCUCUAUAUACAAAAACCUAGACCUCACUAUCAAGAAGGGUCAGUACGCAGCUCUUGUCGGCCCGUCCGGGUGUGGCAAGACAACAAUAAUCUCUUUGCUGGAACGUUUCUACGACUUGGAGCCUAAUCACGGCGAGAUCCUCUGGAAUGGGACGAAUAUUAACGAUUUCGGCGUAUAUCAAUAUCGAGAGCAUUUGUCCCUUGUUUCACAAGAGCCGAUCCUCUUUCGAGGGACUAUAAGAGACAACAUCCUGUUUGGAGUGGCUGACCCGAGUUCUGUCCCAGAGGAGAGAAUUCAUGAGGUUUGCCGUGACGUCUUCAUUCACGACGUUAUCGUCUCGCUACCAGACGGGUACAACACCGAGGUCGGUGCCAUGUCCCUAUCUGGUGGUCAGAAGCAGCGUAUUGCCAUCGCUCGCGCCUUGAUCCGUAACCCCAAACUUCUCCUGCUUGACGAAGCCACCUCAGCAUUAGAUUCUGAGUCAGAGAAGAUUGUGCAAGCGGCGUUUGAGAAAGCGCGAAAGAGAAGAACCAUGAUUGCUGUGGCACAUCGACUUGCGACAAUACAAGAUGCCGAUAUCAUUUUUGUGUUUGAUCAAGGUAUGGUUGUUGAGAAAGGCACCCACGGUGAACUUCUCCAAAAGCGUGGUAUUUACUGGGAUAUGUGCCAAACUCAAGCUCUGGAUCAAUAA